UGCUGUUGCUGCUCCCAGGAAAGUUCUGCUCCUCUCCCAGCUCUUUCUUUUCCCAGUGACAUGGCCAACAAGAAAGUAAUUACAGUGUUCGGAGCAACAGGAGCUCAAGGUGGCUCUGUGGCCAGGGCCAUUUUGGAGAACAAAAAUUUUGCGGUGAGAGCACUGAUCAGGGAUGUGACUCGACCAAAUGCCCAGGUGCUCCGGGACCUCGGUGCCGAAGUGGUAAAAGGUGACCUGAAUGAUGAAGCGUCUGUAGAGACCGCCUUAAAAGGUGCCUAUGGGGCCUUCGUGGUGACCAACUUCUGGGACGAUUUCAGCAAAGAGAAGGAAGUGUGUCAGGGGAAGCUGGUGGCUGAUGCGGCCAAGCGCCUGGGGCUGAAGCACGUGGUGUACAGCGGCCUGGAAAACGUCAAGCGUCUGAGCCACGGCAAGGUGGAGGUGCCACACUUCGAUGGGAAGGGGGAGGUGGAGGAGCACUUCUGGGCCAUCGGCGUUCCCAUGACCAGUGUCCGUGUGGCAGCCUACUUCGAAAACUUUCUCACGGCGUGGAAGCCCGUUAAAGCCGACGAUGGAGACUACUACACCUUGGUACUGCCCAUGGGGGAUGUACCAAUGCAUGGUAUCUCUGUGACGGAUGUUGGAGCAGCUGUCUGUAGCAUCUUCAAUUCUCCAGAAGAAUUUAUAGGCCAGGCUGUAGGCCUCAGUGCAGAAGCACUAACAAUACAGCAAUAUGCUGAUGUUCUGUCCAAGAGCUUGGGGAAAGAAGUCCGGGACGCAAAGAUCACCCCGGAAGCUUAUGAGAAGCUGGGAAUCCCUGCAGCAAAGGAAGUAGCCAAUAUGUGUCGUUUCUAUCAAAUGAAGCCAGACCGUGAUGUUGAGCUCACCCACCGACUAAACCCUAAGGUCAAAAGCUUCAGCCAGUUCAUCUCGGAGAACCAGGAAGCCCUGAAGGGCAUGUAG